GCAGUUUAAAGAUCCAGCCGAUGACUUCGCUGUGUUCCGUUUGAACAGAACUUCUCACAACGGGGGAUCACGGAUUCGUUUUCACAUCGGCAUGACCGAGCGAAGCAUUUGGUUUUAAAACCCUGGAAGUUUGCACUGCGAAGAACAAAUGCGUGGGAUCAGAGCGGGCGAAGGGAAAAAGAACACUCUAGUGGAUGACAUUGCUCGUGUUCUGUCGAUCUAUUCAGAACUGGUAGAAUGAAGCUCUGGGUGUUAUUUGGGUUUGUCCUUUUAGCCCUUCUGUCAUCUGGUUACCACAUGACUAUUGCACAGAAUGCAGGUCAGUGUGGUUCCAUUUCUGCAAAAAACUUGGUUGCCAAUGUCAAUUCCAGCCACAAUAUAACCUGCUACUUUUGUGGAUCUGAUGCUGCUGAUCAGGUUGAAUGGAAAUAUGCUGGCAAUCUCCUCCCCAGCAGUUACUACACUAAGGUCACCUCCAGUGUUAGCAUGGUGUCGCUGCAGAACCUUGGCCUAACCAGCCGGGAAGGAGAAAAUUUGACGUGUACAUUUAAAACAGAGUCUUACACCGCGUCAGUCAAGACUGGAUAUCCCCCGGAGGAUCCUCGGGAUUUGGAAUGUAUAACCCAAAACUUUGGUAAACUUAAGUGUUCUUGGAAUACGGGAAGAGACACAAAUAUAGAAACAAACUACACAGUCUGCUCUUGGUUACCAGAUAGCUGCACUGAAGUGGGAACUAAAACCUUUAUUGAGCGUGACUUUGUUGCAUUUCAAGAUUUACAAUUGCAGAUAACUGCUGCUAAUGGGUUAGGCAAACAGACAUCCGAACAAUUUCGGAAGGUUGAACAUGACAUCGUAUUUCAACCUUACACACCAGAACUCCUCAGGGUGUUGAAAGGCCCAACUGACUUCCAGCUAACUGUGGAAUGGAAUGAAGGUGGCACAAAAUAUGGUGUAGGUUUAGAACUAAUCUUCGAAAUCCAGGUCCUCCACACACACAAAAUGCAAGUGGUCUGGACGGGGAAUUACAGUAGCGCUCUGGACAUUUACCGUGACAAGAUCCUGCAGUUCAACUGGACCUCAGAUAUGCCUCUCCAGUGCACAGCACACUCUGUGAGGAUCCGUGCCAUUAGCGGUGAGAGUGAAGUCCUGUUUUCUGGUGUCAAAGCUUGGAGUGACUGGAGUCCUGCCUUAACAAUUGAAGGGCUAGACACAUUUAACCAAACCAAGGGUAAAAUCUAUCCCGUGGAUGGUACUGUUCUAAAAGCAGGAUCCAGCUUGACGUUUUGUUGUGUAGCUGGUCAAGGAAAAAGAAUUGAUAAAUUGUAUUUUAGUGACUUGAAUGCAACAGUUAUCGAAUUAAGUGACAGGAGCCAGGCCAUCAAGGUACAGAAUGUCACCCCCUCGAUAGAAUCUGGAACAAACGUUCUUUGCAUUACAAACGUGCUUGAGUACGAAGGAGCAGUCAUAUAUAUUGGCUAUCCCCCUGAUUUGCCAAGAAAUCUCAGCUGUGAAACACGUGACUUACAAACACUAAACUGUACUUUCGAACCAGGGAGGUCAACUUCAUUAGUCUCAAAGCGUCGGACUAUAUAUAGUCUCAUCAACAGGUCAUCCGAGACCACCUCACCAUGUGAAGAAGCUUCAAAGAUCCACCCGGAUUACUGGUGCAGUUUUCCGAUUUCAAAUGGCAAUGAUAUAUAUAAUCUUUCAGUACAUGGUAAAAAUCCAUUGGGGGAAGCUCAGUCCCAUAUAACGGUGGAUGUGACCAACGUGUUUCACCCUUAUGCCCCUCACCAGCUGAGGGAAGAAGCCAAAAUAUUAACAAGUCUCAACGUAUCCUGGUCAGAUCAAGUAGAUUAUACCGGGAUCACACUGCUUUGUGAGAUGGAAAUAAGAGAUCAUUUGGGGAGCAACAUGACAUAUAACUACUCUGUGAUUGGAGGACCUAAGGAUGCAAGACACAUAGUAACAUUAGACAAUUUGAGACCUAAUACAAGAUAUUCCAUUCAGGCUCGUUAUUCUGCUCAGCAUUUUUGGAAGUGGAGUAAAUGGAGCAAUUUGAUAAAUGUUGUAACUGAACAAGCUGCUCCAUCAACCAGCCUGAAUGUCUGGAGAAAGAUUAUGCCAAACAGGACUGUGACUAUUUACUGGAAGCCACUUUCAGAUGCUGAGGCAAACGGUCACAUUUUAUCCUACAAUGUAACUUGGAUGAAGAUAGGAAGCAAUUCGUCAACCACAGUUGAGAGGUCAACGUCGAGCGUAGCGAUAGAUCUCGAUGAAGCUGCCUAUGUAAUUACAGUUAUAGCACGAAAUAGUGCCGGGACAUCACCACCUUCUGUGAUUAGGAUCCCUCCACACACUAACGAUGAACCCGUAGGCUACGUCAAAACCAGUGGUACUGGGGACGGAUUUAAUGUGACUUGGCUGAGGCAGGAAGUUGAGAACUGUGGAUACACUGUAGAGUGGUGUCAAAACUUGAGUAACUCUACGUGUAAUGUAGACUGGCAGAAAUUUCCUUCAAACGUUACAGGUGCCAUAAUAAAAUCAGAUAACUUGCAAGUUGGAGUACUGUACAUGCUUGAGGUUCACGAGUGCAGGGAUGGUGGAGAUUACUUACUGAAGAGGCUGGUCGGGUAUACACGUGAACUGGCCCCAGCUGAAGCUCCGAAUCUGGAUAUUGAGGAAACCACUAGUGAUUCAGUACUGAUCAAAUGGAGUGACAUCCCUGUGGACAAACAGCGAGGAUUCAUUCAGGGCUUCAAGGUUUAUUACAGCAAACUAUACAAUGAAUCAGCAGCUUUCAAGCCUGUGGGUGGUCAAAAGCUGAACACAGAUAAUUUACUGCCAAAGAUCAUAAACGAUUCUACCGCACGGACAUUCAAGAUCGGGGGCCUUGAGGCUGGGACGGCAUACCUUGUGGCAGUGCGUGCCUACACCAGAGGAGGGGAUAGUCCCAGGAGCGAUGUCACAGUGACUACACCAAACAGCCCUCUUGCUGUGAUUCUUGGGAUUACCCUGCCGCUUGUGGGAAUUAUAACACUGGGAGUCAUCCUCAGUAUCUUCUUUUACCGAAAACAAGAAUGGAUCAAAGAGACAUUUUAUCCUGAUAUUCCUGAUCCAAACAACAGCAAAGUUCUUCAGGAUGGAACCUUUCUUCAGGGUGUCAACUCGUGCAAAACUCUGGAACCAAAGGAUUGUACACCCAAUGAGGUGCAGGUUGUCGAAGAGAAGCAGAUUGGAUUUGAGAUUGAGAAGGAGGUUGAAGUGGAUGAUGAGACUGAGGUAGUUCCUGAGGAUAUUUCUGAUGCCGAGAACCAGAGUCAAGGUGUCUUAUCGUAUGGUCCGCACAGUGCACCUGCUGAGACUUCAGGAAAAAUUAACCCAGCAUUUGACGCAAUGGCCUCUCCAUCCAUCUAUCCCAGUGAAGUAAUGUAUACAAGUAUACGAGGUCCUGUCUACCAACAACAAGAGGCACCAGGGACCGGUCCCGGGAACGACGAGAUGGAAGUGAUUGUCAAGUCGGGCUAUCAACCUCAGAUCCAUGGAGUCAUCGCUCCCACACCAGUCAGGGAGCAGUCUGAGGUGCAGGAACUAAUGCCUCGAGUUAAUGGCUAUCAACCACAGGCCCACCGCCAGUCCUGGAGCCUAGAUUCUGUAGAGUUUCCACCACCUGAGACUGAUUCCAUUGGCAGCCCAACUUCCAUCAACUCCCAAGCAUUCCUGAUUCCAGAGAGGAUGCUGGGAGAGGAUCACAGCUUAAGACCUGGUGUCAAAAUGUGGUCCCUGCCCUUUUUCCAGAAUUCCAGAAUGUCUUUUGACUCCAACGACAGCUGAUGAGAGACACUGGACAAGGGAAGGUUUGGAUACAGGAGGACCUGGGUCCAAACCUUUGCCAUCAGUUUGUGUCUCAUUUUUUGCUCGUUGUGAAUCCCCUGCUCCUCCCCCGGGAAACUAACACUACAAAGACUUGGAAUGUGGCAGCCUGCUCGAUGUGGACUGGCAAUAGCAAGCAGCUUGUUUAUUAUGUUCACCUCUUCUCAUAGUUCAGAGACUGAAACCAGAUGAAAGGAUCAAAUUGCAGAAAGCUACCGAAGAGGCGAGAGUUUGUAGCGGCAGUAAACCUGACUGAGCCAUAGUUGACGCAUCCCUGAGGAGAAUGGAGUCUGAUUGCUGUUCCCUGCCACUGUAUGUGCUAGAACUAGCUCAAGGAGCUGAAUGGCCUAUUUCUUGCUCCUCUGUGGAAAUAUUAUUUCACGCUGUAGUUAGACAAUUUAUUAGCUGAAGAGAAUCGAGGCACAACCACCACUGACGACAACGCUAUUAUAUUUUAAUAAAAUAUGAUCGGACUGAAUUGAUGCAGAUGUCAAAAAUGGUUCUAACUGUGGAAUCCUGGCUUGUAUCAUAAAAGACUCUUUUCCAAGGCACCUGAUAAGCUCUGAUUUUGCCUCUUGCAGAGGAUUAACGAGAUUGGAUGGAUUCUGUCUGAAACAAGGCUAAUGGAGAAAGUUGUCCUAUUUAUUCUGAAUUUCAGACAUGCAUGCUGAUGGAAAAACUCUGAUUAUGGCAAUACAAGCCUCUGUCUCUACUCUGGCCACCUCGGUGGAUCUACUUUGAUUACCCUGGCUUCGUUUCAAAUUGACUUGGUGGGUUGACAAACUUGAAGUGAUGAUAAGAAUUGGGCUACUACCUGUGGCUCACUACCUCACAGCUUUUGAUUCCAGACAGCCAAAGCCUUCCUCACGUAACUGAAGCUCUCACUUAGCAGUGCCCCUUCAUUGGCAGCUGAAUGACUUGUCCUGAAGAAGAGUCAUAAUGGACUUGAAACAUUAAAUUUGGCUUCUUCCUCCACAGAUGCUGCCAGACCUGCUGAGUUUGUCUAGCAGAGAUAGUAGGAACUGCAGAUGCUGGAAAAUCUGAGAUAACAAGGUGUAGAGCUGGAUGAACACAGCAGGCCAAGCAGCAUCAUAGGAGCAGGAAGGCUGACGUUUUGGGCCUAGACCCUUCAUCAGAAAUCUAGCACUUUGUUUUUAUUUCCAAUUUCCAGUAUCCACAGUAUUUCGCUUUUAUCUGUCCUUCCCAACCCCCGAAAAAAAUACAACAAAUCUGCUCCAUACUCUUCCCCAGGCAGCUGAACCUUGCUUUUCACAAAAACUCAAUCUACUGCACAUAAAUGGUUUAAAUAAAGCCCAUCAACAAGCAAGGGGAGUAGAUGCACAUUUGGCCAGGGAGGAACAGAGCCCUGUCUGUGUAAAAAUUCUGUUUUGCAAUGGUUUGUAUCAUGUUCUGCAUUAACUGAGUGCUACCAGCUUUAAAACACUACAUCUGGUUGACUGCGUUUGGGUAUCAGAAGAUAUGAUUACUUUAAUUCUGCCUGUGACAUGCUUUAUCAAAACCAAAUGCUUCACAUACAAUGAAUUGCUUUGAAGUGUUGUGACUGUUAAUGCGGUUCAGUGUAGCACGAGCAUUGUUUGUGUGGCUCUGUUUAAAUGUACUUGUGAGAAUGACACUCCACCAGGCACAGGCCAGGGGCUGAAUUGUUUGGUCUGUGUUUACAGUCUGACAUCUUGAAACUCUAGAGCAUGUUGUAUGAAAGUGGUCAUUUGGCUUUUCUGUCUCUAAGGAGCAAACCUCUGCCUUUAUUGCAGUGCUUUUGUUGAGGGUUGAAAGGAGUGCUUGAUGGGGCAAAGCAAUUGGUAAAAUCUCAGUUGCUGUUUGUGUGACAUCAGCCAGUGAAGAGGUGUGUGUCGUCUUGCUCUGGAAGUCGUGACAUUCUAGUAACACUGUGCAGGAAGUCACUGCGAAUAACGUACCAGGAACUCAUUCUGCAUUCCACUGUUAGAAAGCAGUGGUUACAGAGUUUGUUACUCCAAUGAUCAAAACACAAAGUCUCUGCUCUGCUCAUCCAGUGAGAUUGGAACUUUACUCUAAGAAAUGUAUUUGAUUGUCAGCUUUUUUAAUUCAACUAACCUUGUUUUAUUUUGGCAUUCAUCCAUACUGGAAUUCAGAAAUGAAGAGCAAGCUGCAAUAUAUUUACCUUUUUCUUCACCUGAACAGGGAGAGGAAGAAUGCAUUUCUGCACAUCUUAUCAAAGCAGCCUGCAGCUGGAUUCAGUAACUUGACAUGAACGUGGCCCCCUUCGUUUCUCGGUGUGCUGGAUUUGAAGAGAGUUAAUAACCCAAUGGUUCAGCAUAAAGAUUGAGUUGAGCACAGUUUCCAUUUGCAAGCAGGGAGAAUGACAAUUGGGCAGUGAUGCAAAAUCAUUAUUUCUGUUGUUUCAUAUAUGCUGGUUGGAGUUCUGUUGCACUAAUAUUUCAUCAGCAAAAAGUGAUACCGACUAUGAAAGGAAAAGUACACACCACACAUUACUGGUCUCUGACAGGAAACAUGCCAACGUUUCCAUCACAUAUAUACACACCCGCACGCACAUACAUAUCUACCUAGGUGCACAGGCAGACGUGUGCAAGCUUAUCUGUGUAUAUAUUCAUCCUCACAGAUGUACACAUCCAUCUCAGAAUGGAGAGAAUGACUGAGCCAUUAAAAAUAUAAAUACUCAAAUUUGUAACUCUAAUUCUUGUGAUGUGCAAUGUCCUCGAAGUAUCGAAAUUGUAAGCCUGUUUGCGGACAGGAAUGUUUUAUUUUGCUCUUAUAAUGCCUGAUAACCAGUUUAUUGUAUAGGAAUGCUUGUAUCACUGAUGAUACUUAUUAAUCUACAGUUUUUUUUUCUCGGAAUGUGUGGUCUAACUGCUGUUGUAGUUGUGUCAUUGAAAUUUUAAAACUCAGUGGAAUGUAAUUUCAGAAGCUAUGGACAUAAGACUAAUCCUGAACCCUGUGUAUAUAAGUUGUGGUGGAAUAUCUCCACGAACACUCGGGAUUGCUGUCAUCAAACUGUCCUUUUGGAUUCCAUAUUGUACACCCGUACAGCGACCCGCCAUACAGCAUAAAUCCAGCCUUCCUGCAGUUCCAUAUCGUCAGGUUAUAGUACUAUCUUUAAGACUGUGUACAGGACUUGUGUUCUCUCUGCUCCCCCUCUCCCGCUCACAUCAUAGCUGUCCAGCUGGUGACGGAUUAAAAGAGAGUUUAGCUAAGAAUAGGGAUUUCUCAGUCUUUUGUUUUCCCAGGUCUUUUCCCUGAUCAUCUCCCACCUCCCCCUUUCUGACUGCAAGAACAUCUAUGCUCUGCAGUCCUGCCAAUUACAAUCUCUAAGAGAGCCAACACACAGUUCCUGUUCUCCAUUUUGCAUUCAGAGAUUUAUUCAAGGGAACCUGUACACAAAAGGAGAAAGGAAUAAAAGGGGUGGGAGGAGGCUGGUGUAGAGCGUAAAUCCUGGCAUGGGCCCAUUAGGCCGGAUGUGUGUAAACUCUGGUCAUACCCACCAGAAGUGAGGCUGAAUUUAGGGACUCAUCUGCAGCCAAUUAGGAAGAAACUGGGACCAAAGUUGUGGUUAGGUUCACAGUCUGUCCAUGUUCUCAAACUUUGCUGUCAGUUUUGCUGUGUUGUUGGUGAGUCACACGAUGGCAAUGAAUAUUGUGAUCCUGUGUAAUGCAUAACUUGGCAACUGGCCUGACUGUCUCAGAUGACAGUAAGUAAUCCUGCAGCCAGUCAUUUUUUUUCUGUUUGAUUAGGGAGUUUUGAAGGUUGAAAGUACUUCCAAGUUUCUUACUGCAUUCUGUGGGAGAAUCCCAUAAAUUGAAAAAAAUCUCUACUUCUCUCUGCUUUAAACUCUUUGUGUGAUGAAUGCUGCCCAUCCUUUUAGUGAGAUAGUACAGAUGAAUAGAUAAGUAACUUAAUUGAUUUAUUGAAGAAAAUCAUGGCAGCCUGUGCUGAAUUGUGAUGAUACUACAAAUAGUACAAGUCGUGAAAAUUCAUCACAAAAUAUAAAGUGAUUAAAAAGAUUACACAAUUAUGAACAUCACCGUAUUACAAUAGGUUUCAAAAUGCAGGUCUCCUUACUGAUUUAAUUAUUAAAAGAUGUGCAAAAUGUGGAGUAAAUUUGGAAAUCCUGUUAAAAAGACAGGAUCGUUAAUCUAAACAUAAUACUCAAGAUUUUCAGCAUUUCCAAUACUAAACAUGUUUGAAAGAGAAAAAUGAUAAUUAGACAAAUGCAGGAGGAUGGCAUCAGGGGUAUAUGGGAAAUGGCUGGGAAUGCUGUUAGCAUAUUCAAACCUUUUCAUUAUUUGCUGUAGGCAUGUCGAUUGUUCCAAACAGCCAUACUCAUGAAUGUGAACAAGUCCCUCCUAAUAGACUGAGAGCCUAAUGUUGAUGUGCCACAUGAUGCAAGAUUGUAUGGAGUGUAUGUACAUAAAAAUACGAAGGCUGUGAUCUUUUGUUAUUUCCAUCAUCUUUUGCAUGUUUUGAGUUUGUGUAUCUGCAUUGAGAGGUGAUCUGGUGGAAACGAUCCUACCACCGCGCUGGAAGCUCUGUGUUUGAGGCUCAUGCUCGGAAUUGUUGGCCAUGGAAAGUGCAUUUGUGGCCAAACCAAUUCAUUGUCAUCCUGCAAAUCCUUACAAUACACCUGAGGGCAGGAGAUAAGAGUGGGAGAGUUUUAUGGUCAAUCAUUUUGCAGAAUGCAGUGGCAAACAACUGCAGCACUUCACUCAAAAGCAUGGACCAAUCCCAUGGAAGUCCAUGGCCCAUCUUUUGGGAAUGAUGGGAGAAAAGACAGAGCUGCUUGAAAUUAUGCAGACACAGCCUGACCCCUUGCGUGAAAGCAAAGCAUGGGGUCAGCGUGACACCUAGACUGCAUUCCACCUGCCCUGGGUGUACUCAGUGAUUGAGCAAAAUUCCAUGUGAAUGCAGCGGUUUAGCCACCUUUGAAAAUCUUAGCUUCAGUAAGAGGAAUAACUUUCUCACCACUCUGGUUCUGCAGCUACAGCCUUAGUCCUAGAUCAUUUCUCCAAUAUUGCACUUGGUGGCUAUUUUUGACUUAUUGGUCCUGAUACUAAAAUAGCAGCAAGCCAUUUGACCAUGUGCACUAAUGGUACUCUGAAUUGCAUUGUAUUCUACUUGGGCUGAAAAUCAGGAAAUUUCAGCAUUUACUGAAGCAUAUUUCUUAGAAGAAAUUCUAAUUGCUGUCAUUUUAGCCAUAUCUAUUAAAAUAUAUAUAUGUUCAACAGUA